CGAGAGACUCCUCUUACCUUCUGCUGGCCACUUGUCCUAUUCUCUUCCCUUGUUCUUUCUUCCUCGGCUGUUAUCAGGUCGCUUGUCAAUACCGCCCGUUGUGCUCAAGGCGCCAUGGAUUUCUCCAGCCUCAAAGACCAGGUCAGCAAUCUGACCUUGUAUGACCUCAAGGCGGGAGUCCGCAAGGUCCAGAAUGCUGUCAUGAACUACACUGAGAUGGAGGCCAAGGUUCGAGAAGCUACGAACAACGAGCCUUGGGGCGCCUCGAACUCAUUGAUGCACGAAAUUGCCAGCGGAACCCACAGCUAUCAAUUGCUUAACGAAAUUAUGCCUAUGAUUUACAAGCGCUUUACCGACAAAACCGCGGAGGAAUGGCGACAGAUUUACAAGGCUCUCCAGCUUCUGGAAUUCUUGGUCAAGAACGGAUCCGAACGAGUCGUCGACGAUGCGCGCUCUCACAUGUCACUCCUUCGCAUGCUUCGCCAGUUCCACUUCAUCGAUCAGAACGGAAAGGACCAGGGUAUCAACGUACGUAAUCGGUCGUCGGAGUUGGUCAAGUUGCUUGGUGAUGUCGACUUGAUCCGUUCGGAGAGGAAGAAGGCGCGGACAAACAAGAACAAAUUUGGUGGCUUCGAGGGAGGUUCGCACAUUAGCGGCGGCAUGUCCAACACCGGCAGAUACGGAGGGUUUGGCAGUGAAAGUCUGUCCUUCGGCGGGUACAGCGGUGGUGUUUAUGGCGAUGGAGGCGGCUUCGGAGGCAACACGAGUGACUUCAAUGAUGCCGGCAGUCGCUCGAACCGCUUCGAUGAAUAUGACGAGUACGAUGAGGCUGAUGCUGCGCCCUCACGGCGCCGUGCAGCAAGUCCUCCUCGCGCUCGUCCGUCCAAACAACCGGAGCCUCCGAAGCCCAAGGCGCCCGAGCCCGAUCUGUUCGAUUUUAGCGAAGAGCCCGUCUCGACGACGGCGUCCACCUCCAAGCAGCCCGCAGGAGCUAGUACCAGCAGCGGUCUCGACAUGCUCAACACCGACACCGUCGACGACGAUGACUUUGACGACUUUCAGUCUGCGACCCCGGCGCCUGCCCCGGCAUCCUCGGCACAAUUCUCCAUUCCAGGCCCCGCAUCGACCGUCAGCACGACCUCCAGCACGCAAUUCGCCGCUCCCAAGCCCGUAUCCGGCACCCAAGGGUCGAACCUAAGCGGCAUCGUCGGGUUCACGUCGAUGACCCCGACCCCAACCUCGAGCACCCUCGCUUCACCCACCCUCUCGCAAAGCUCCCUGGCGCAGCCUCACAAGCCCGCCCAAGCGCAACCCAGACCCAGUGGCUUCCAAGCCGCUACCCCCAACUACUUCACUUCCGUCUCCGCCGGCCAGCCUCCUCUAGGCGGCAACGUCUCUGGCCACCGCCCCGGCAUGCCCUCCACCUCCUCCUUCACCUCCACCACGACCACCGCAUCCGCCGGAUCCAAGCCCGCCGGAUCCAAAUCUUCCGGCGGCGACGCCUUCGGAUCCCUAUGGUCCACCGCCAGCGCCGGCGCAGGCCUUCAAAAAGCCAACGCCAACGCCAACCGGGGCCCCAACCUCGCCAGCAUGGCCAAGGAGAAAGCCAGCGCCGGCAUCUGGGGCGCCCCCGCUACGCCCAGCACAAGCAAUGUGACCUCACCAUCUCAUCAAACACAGUACAACGGAUCUAAGACCGGUAGCUCGGGACUAGACGACCUUCUAGGCUAGGGAUAUUCUACCAAUUUUCUUUUUCCUGUUAAACUUUUGCUAUGUAUGUGUGUGUGCAUCUGUGUGUGUGGGGCUUUUUGGGGGCAAUGUUAUAUCGUAGUACGAUCCAUUUUCUUUUUUUCCUUUUUUUUUUCCUGGUGCUUCUGUUGCCAUUGCUCAAGGCCAUUUUGCUCUAAAAGAUCUUCGAGAGAUUUUUUUUUUCUUACUAUCACGUUUUCAUACAAAAUAGCAAGCAUUUUUCUUCUUCUUUCGUUUUCUCUCUUUCCCUUUGGGUAUCCUUGUGUUGCAUGAGUGGCCGCUUUUCAAUUCAGAUGAUCGAUAACUGGGAGCGUGGAAAGUAAGCACUAUUGCUGCUGCUGCUGC